CAGUGACAUAUCAUUCUGGAAAACUGAGUAGGAAAAAAAAAAAUACUCCCUUCUCUUGGUACAACUGAGAAAGGCCCAAAAUGCAAAAGACAUCAUUACUAUCCCAGGAAAAUCAUAUGGAUAGUGAAAUAAGUUAUACAACAAGGGUAAGGUAAGGAAAUGGUGUGGAUUAUUAAUGCAGGUUCUUGUUACCCUCUUCUCUACAUAAGCUGAACAGUUAUUCAAAGAAUGUUGGCUUGAAGGGAAACCAAGUUAUCAAUCCAUUUUAAUAGCCUUUUGUCUUCCCAGCCCUCUGUUUACAUGAGCUUCAUAUAACUAUGAUCUUUUUUUUUUCUAUUUCUAGUGUCCAUGGAAAACAUUGGUGAACAAGUUAUGUGCCUCAUGGCUUAUCAUCUACUUUUUGCAAUGUUUGUCUGGUCGUACUGGAAAACCAUUUUUACACUGCCCAUGAAUCCUUCAAAAGAAUUCCAUCUCUCUUAUGCAGAGAAAGAAUUGCUGGAGAGAGAGCCAAGGGGAGAAGCCCAUCAGGAAGUUCUGAGGCGGGCAGCCAAAGACCUUCCCAUCUAUACCCGGACUAUGUCCGGAGCAAUCCGAUAUUGUGACAGAUGCCAACUUAUAAAACCAGACCGAUGCCAUCACUGUUCCGUCUGUGAUAAAUGUAUUUUGAAGAUGGAUCAUCAUUGCCCAUGGGUGAACAAUUGUGUUGGAUUUUCAAAUUAUAAAUUCUUCCUCCUUUUCUUGGCGUAUUCUCUACUGUACUGCCUUUUUAUUGCUGCUACAGAUUUACAGUAUUUUAUCAGAUUUUGGACAAAUGGUCUGCCUGAUACUCAAGCCAAGUUCCAUAUUAUGUUUUUAUUCUUUGCUGCAGCUAUGUUUUCUGUCAGCUUGUCUUCUCUGUUUGGUUAUCAUUGUUGGCUAGUCAGCAAAAAUAAAUCUACAUUAGAGGCAUUCAGAAAUCCAGUAUUUAGACAUGGAACAGAUAAGAAUGGAUUCAGCCUGGGUUUCAGUAAAAACAUGCGGCAAGUUUUUGGUGAUGAGAAGAAGUACUGGCUGCUACCAAUAUUUUCAAGUCAAGGUGAUGGCUGUUCCUUUCCAACUUGCCUUGUUAAUCAGGAUCCUGAACAACCGUCCACUCCCGCAGGACUAAAUUCAACAGCUAAAAAUCCUGAAAACCAUCAGUUUCCUGCAAAGCCACUGAGAGAGUCCCAGAGCCACCUCCUUACGGAUUCUCAGACCUGGACAGAGAGCAGCUCAAACCCGGGAAAAGGCAAAGCUGGUAUGAGCAACCCUGCAUUAACUAUGGAGAAUGAAACUUAACUCCAGUGGAAAAUGAAAUCACUUUUAUAAAGUACCAAUGCCAUGGACGAAUGGAACAGACUUCCCACAGGAAGGCUCCAUUGACCAAUUGUCUCUUUAUCCCUUUGGCUAAAUAUGCAAAUUUUUCAUCAGUGAUUGGGAUCAAACCCAGUGGUAUGAAGAAUUUUGAGAUGUCAUUACAAAACUGAUGCUUACAGCUGAGCACAGUUCAGUCUAAUAUAUAAACUGCCAUAACCAACACAAAUCCCUUUAAAAGCAAUUCACAAGGAACAGAAUAAAUUCAUGGGUCAGGUUUCAUUCAGAUAUUGGGUUGCACAAUUUAUCAUGUUAUCCCAUUAGUCUUUGAUAUUCUCUUUCAGGAAAUUUAGAUUAAUUUUCAAAUUUAAAAAUUUUCAAGUCAUGUAAUAACACUAAGCUAUAUUCAGAAGGAAGUAAGAAAUCUUUCGUCUUUGAUUUUCCCUCUGAUGUGAAUCUGGCUUCAGAUGAGGGAACUGCAGUAAGUAUGAAUUCACCAUGAAAGUUAAGUAACCUACAGCCGAAGGUCACUGUCCAUUUGCGGAAGGCUUCACUUCUUCUUCUAGACUUUGUCUCCCAUGGGAAAUGGGCAUGAACACUGACACUUGAGUUCACUGUUCAAAGCAAUUGGAUUAAAAACUUUUGUCAGAGAUAAUUAAUGUUUUGACAAAGAACUUAUAGCAGAAAUUUAUUUUCGUGUCUUUUAAUUGGCAGUCAGAGGGGAUCUAUGCUAAUUAUUGUAAGAUUGUUCAGGAGCACUCUUUUCUUGGCUUGGAUGUUAUAAAAUCUGUUUUUUACUGCUUGCACAUGGUAACAUUACUGAGUUCUAAGCAUUUCUGAUGGAUUAUUCCUCUACUUGCAUCUGUAUCAUUGCUGUGUGCUGUCAUCAGAACUAUAAUUGUCAAUAUAUAUUUUUCCUUAAAUACCUAUCAAGAUUAAAUUAUGCAAAUCACUUAAAAAUAUAUACUUUUAGAAGAUUAGUUUACCAUAAACUAAACAGUGUGCUAUUUGGAAAUGUAGUUUAAGGUAAACUAAAAUAAUGUGUUGAUGCCAACAUGUUUGGCCUCAGUAACUAAAGUCAGAAGUUUUUGUGCCUUGUAUGCACUAUCUGCAGAGAGAAAAGUGUCUCGUUAAAAAAAAAAAAAUCCCGGGAGUUUUAUAAUUAACCAUUAGAUUAGUAAACUGUGUGGUUUUUUUGGUACUAAUUUUGAGGAUUUCAAGUAGAUUAGCUUUUUAAAACGGCUAAGUAAGUGACGUAUAUAAGCAAGAAGAUAAUAGAAACUGAACGAUCCUUACUAAAACAUCCUAGAGUUUUAUGUUAAAUGUGCUUAAGGCAGAAUAGACGACACUGUGGUCCAUUCUGUGGUUCACUUGGGUGCCAUUGCGUGAAGGAGGAUGCCAGUUGCAUUCACAUAGUUCAAGCUAGGUAGGGAGUUUAAUCUGACAAUCCACUUUGAAAGUCUCAGAGGAUAAGAAACGCUUUCCCUGUUGUCUUCAAGCAUGUUUUGGUCAUUUGUCAUUACCUGAAGUGCCAGACUGGAGCCCAUAGCUUGUGCUAGAAGUCCCUUGGGCAGCAGCAUGUGGUAUAUUAGAAGAUCUAUGCAGUAGGUUUUUCUGAUAGCACAGAGCUCCCUUAUCUGUUUCCCAGGGCAGGAUUCUGUUAGGCAUUUCCUUUUAUCAAACUGGAAGCUGGUGGGAAUGGGGGAGGGUUUAUAUUUUACCCUGCUAGAAUACUGUUAUUUCUCCUCUCUUUAGGUCAUUUCUGUACUUAUUUAAAUACCUAAAUCCAUACACCUUAGAGUCAAAUUGGAAAAGAAUUUAAAAAAUAAAAUUGUUUUUCAUUAUGUUGCAAUGGUUACUUCUGUUCCCAUCCAGUUAUUUAACCUUUGAAGUUGGGUGGUCAUUUUAUUCUUACUUGUGGGAUGAAUGACUGAGGUGAUUGCAUAUCUCAUCAGAAGUACAAUGCCAUCUUGCUUGAGUGGACA